AAUUUUGUUCAACGUUGGACAUGUUGAAAGAUUCAGAGUUUUUGAAGCAGCUCAAAUAUUAUUGGAUUCUCUUCUUUAUGCAAUGCAACAUGCAAUUGCACCGAGACCUAUUUGAUGAAAUUUUUGUGUUCAUUGAAAUCUCGUCAAUAAAAUGAUAAGAAAGCAUUGUCGCAGAAUGGUCAAUGACAAUUUUAAGCCUCGUCGCAGAUGGCCAUCAAUCUUGUGUUGCAAAAGUCAAGAGUUUGAAGCUUCCAAUUACUUCUUUCGGACACUUACAUUCCAACAAAAGUGGCAGCCAGAGGAGUUACAGUAGCGGCCCAUGCUCGAUCUACACCAACGAGACGCAUCCCAUUCUCCAAUCGAGCGGGCUACAGCACCAGUUCAAGAACUGGCAGCACCUGAGGCAGAACAAGCUGACGGCAAGCACUUUCUCCUUGGCCAUCGGCAUGUGGCCUCGUGGGCGGGCCCGUCUCUGGCUCGAAAAGCUCGGGGCCAUCGAACCGUUCAUGGGCAACCUGGCCACGUGCUGGAGCAACAUCAAGGAGGAGGAGGCCCUCGAGAGGUACAAGCUUAUAACCGAUAACGCCGUCACGUAUCCCGAGUUCCAGGUUCACAGGGGGCGGGACCCGAACGACAGCUGGCUGGCGGCCUCCCCAGAUGGGGCCAUCGAUUAUAGCUUCUACUACAACUUGCCCAUGUGCGGGGUCCUCGAGGUUAAGUGCCCAUUCUUUGGCGGGAACAUGGAACAAGCCCUCCCUUGGAAGCGGGUCCCGUUGCACUACAUUCCCCAGGCGCAGGGGCUGAUGGAGAUCCUCGACCGCGACUGGAUGGAUAUGUAUGUAUGGACAGUGAAUGGGAGUAGCCUCUUCAGGAUCUAUCGAGAUGACGAGUACUGGAGACUUCUCAAGACUGCAUUGUGCGAUUUCUGGCUGAAGCACGUCCUGCCCGCAAAGGAGAUAUAUGAACAGAAAGCGAUCGCUAAUCCGCUCAUCGAGUUGAAGCAGUUCAGGCCAGCCCCGAAGCACGAGUUGUUUCGAGAGAUUGUGUAUGGGAGCAAGCUGGUGGUUGACAACUCAAAGCUGUUGAUUCGUGAGAUUAAUGGCAAGCUGCAAAACUGACAAAGAUGUAAUUGGAUUAUCAAGUCAGUUCAGGUGAUAUGAGAAGAAGCAAAUAAGAUGGUCGAUUGAUGUGGGUGCGAAUUGGUGGCAGGUCGGGGAACGCAUGGAUAAGGACGGGGGCUCUGGGAGGUUGUUCUCUUUACAAGAACAAAUAAGUCAUAAGAUAAGCUUCAUAGAGGAGAAACUUGGAGAUGUUGAAGUACCUAUAGUGCUGGUCCAGGACCCAGAUUUAACUGGAAUCACGGAUUUGCUAGUGGAUGAAAUUCAUGAAAGAGGCAUGAAUGAAGAUUUCCUGUUAAUAAUAUUGCGGGACAUUCUUCCUCGACGUCCUGAUCUUCGUAUUAUCCUUCUGAGUGCCACUAUCAAUGCUGACUUAUUUUCUAAAUACUUUGGAAAUGCUCCCACCAUACAUAUUCCUGGAUUGACCUUUCCUGUGAAAGAAUUUUAUGUAGAAGAUGUGCUGGAGAAAACUCGGUAUAGUAUCCAAGCAGAAUUUGACAACUUCCCAGGAAACUCAAGAGGCCGACGCCGUCAGCAGGAGGCCAAAAAAGACCCUUUGACUGAGUUGUUUGAAGAAGCAGCCAUUGAAGCUCUCUACAAAGGAUAUAGUGCAAGCACCAGGCGAUCUCUUGAGGCUUGGUCAGAUUCUCCACUGGAUUUGGGCCUUGUGGAAGCAAGCAUUGAGCAUAUAUGCCGCCAUGAAGGUAGUGGAGCCAUUCUAGGUUUCCUGACUGGUUGGGAUGAUAUUUCGAAGCUCCUUGAUAAACUCAAAGCAAAUAAUAUUGUUGGAAACCCAAAUAAGUUCUUAGUUAUUCCUCUGCACGGCUCAAUGCCUACGGUUAAUCAGCGCGAGAUUUUCGACCGUCCACCUCCACAUGUCAGAAAGAUUGUGCUAGCAACCAACAUUGCUGAGAGUAGCAUCACCAUAGAUGACGUUAGACGUGGCCGAGGCCGUGUGCAGCCGGGAGUUUGCUUCAGGCUAUAUCCUAAACUGAUCCAUGAAGCCAUGCCCCAAUACCAACUGCCGGAGAUGCUUCGAACCCCUCUGCAAGAGCUGUGUUUGCAUAUCAAGAGUUUGCAACACGGUGUAAUUAGCACUUUCUUGUCCAAGGCACUUCAGCCACCCGAUCCUCUUGCCGUGGAGAACGCAGUUGAGCUUCUCAAGACAAUUGGUACUCUUGAUGAUAAAGAAGAGCUCACCCCUCUUGGGAGGCAUCUGAGCUCUUUGCCUUUGGACCCAAAUAUCGGGAAGAUGCUUCUCAUGGGAUCUAUUUUCCAGUGUCUUAACCCGGCACUGACAAUAGCUGCUGCACUUGCUUAUCGGCCACCAUUUGUCCUUCCUAUAACUAGGAAAGAGGAAGCAGAGGAGGCGAAAAGAGCCUUUGCUGGUGAUUCGUGCAGUGACCACAUUGCACUUCUUAAAGCAUUUGAAGGAUGGAAAGAUGCUAAAGGAAAUAGAAGAGAAAGGGCAUUUUGCUGGGAGAACUUCCUCUCACCAACGUCUAUGCAGAUGAUGGCCGACAUGAGGAUGCAAUUUCUUGAUUUACUGGAAGGGAUUGGCAUUGUGAACAAAUCCCUCGGCCCUGAAGUAAAUGAUGAUUUAGAGAUGGUAUGUGCAAUACUAUGUGCCGGGCUGUAUCCUAAAGUCGUGCAGUGCAAAAGGAGAGGAAAGAGAACAGCUCUCUUCAGUAAAGAAGUGGGGAAGGUUGGGAUUCACCCGGGUUCGGUAAAUGCCGGCGUUCACCUUUUCCCUCUGCCUUUCAUGGUUUAUAGUGAGAUGGUCAAAACCAGUAGCGUAUACAUUAGGGACUCGACUAAUAUAUCUGAUUACGCUCUGCUGAUGUUUGGUGGAAAUCUUGUUCCGAGCAAAAAUGUUGGUGGUAUUGAGAUGCUCGGUGGAUAUCUUCACUUUUCUGCUUCAAAGACUGUAUUGGACUUGAUACGGAAAUUGCGUGGGGAGCUCGACAAGAUUCUAACAAAGAAGAUUGAGGAUCCAGGGCUCGAUGUUACUCUUGAAGAAAUAUGGAGCUCCAUGGAUGGCGGCGGCCGAGAGGUCAAGGGUCUACGAACAACAUCGACGAUCGUCUAG